AUGGGUUUCAAAAAGCCUCCGCAGGCACCACCAAGCUUCACAGCUACGCCUGACUCCGUUCUCGCAGACACCAAGAGUAUGUUGGCUAGUUCGAAGAAGGUUACGGACGACAUUGUGGUCAGCAUUUCUUUGAAAGAUGCCUCCUUCAAGAAUGUACUUCUACCAAUGGCCAACGACGAGAAUCAGCAGACUCUCAAGGCCCAUAUUCUCGGCUUCUACCAAUCAGUCUCCACUGAUCAAGCUUUGCGAGAUGCCUCGACCGAAGCAGAGAAGUUAAUGGAUGAUUUCAGCAUCGAAGCCGCUAUGCGUGAAGAUGUCUUCAAGUUGGUUGAUGCAGCACUUAAAUCUGGAGAAAACCUAGAUCCUGAAUCCCAGAGACUUUUGGAAAAGGAACACAAAGGAUACGUGCGCAACGGAUUGAAUAUCCCUGCUGGACCUAAACGAGAUCGCUUCAAGGAGAUCAAGAAACGACUUAGUCAAUUGGGAAUUGCCUUCUCAAAGAACUUGAACGAAGAAAAUGGAGGACUCUGGUUUACCGCUCAGGAACUCGACGGUGUACCUACUGACGUUCUAUCUCUACUCAAGAAAGAGGGGGACAAGUACUUCUUGACCUUCAAAUAUCCUGACCUUUUCCCGACUCUCAAAUACGCCACCAACAGCGAGACUCGAAAGAAGGUUUUCAUUGCGAAUGAGAACAAGUCAAACCAAAACGUUCCGUUGUUUCGGGAAGCGAUCUUGCUCCGAGAUGAAGCUGCCCGUCUUCUGGGUUACCCUAAUCAUGCCGCGUUUCGAAUCGAGGACAAAAUGGCAAAAACGCCAAAGACCGUGGACGAUUUCCUUAGUGAUCUACGUGGAAAGCUGAGUCAGGGUGGGCUGGACGAGAUCGCGACGUUGAAGGAGUUGAAGAAAGAUGAUGUCAAAUCCCGUGGGGAAGAGUACGAUGGCAAAUACUACUUGUGGGACCACCGAUUUUACGAUAGGGUAAUGGAGGAGAAAGAUUACCAGCUUGAUCAACAACUCAUUGCCGAGUAUUUCCCCCUCCAGAACUGUAUCAAAGGCAUGCUAGAGAUUUUCGAGGAAAUCUUUGGUCUACAAUUUGUGGAGAUUGUGGGAGGCGACCGCGAUACUAUCUCGGCCACAGGCAAAGGCAACGAUAUUGUUUGGCACGAGGAAGUGCAGGUCUUCAGUGUUUGGGAUGAUGAAGGAGAAGGCGGCGGAUUUGUUGGCUACCUUUAUCUUGAUCUCUUCCCUCGUGUGGGAAAGUAUGGUCAUGCAGCAAAUUUCAAUCUCCAACCUGGUUUCAUUCAUGAGAAUGGAACAAGAAGAUAUCCGGCUACAGCACUUGUCUGCAAUUUUUCGAAACCCACGGCAAAGAAGCCCAGUUUAUUGAAGCAUGAUGAGGUCACCACCCUGUUCCACGAAUUGGGUCAUGGUAUCCACGAUCUUGUCUCUCGGACUACCUACUCUCGUUUCCAUGGCACCAACACGGUUCGGGAUUUUGUUGAAGCCCCCAGCCAAAUGCUUGAGAAUUGGUGCUGGACACCUUCUCAAUUGAAGUCUCUCAGCAAGCAUUAUUCUACCCUAUCAUCAGACUAUUAUGACUCAUGGCGAGAACAUGCUGGCUCGAAUGUCACCAAACCAGAAGAGCAUAUUCCUGACGAUCUUAUCCAGAAGCUUAUCAAGACCAAGAAUCUCAAUGGUGCACUGUUCAACUUACGACAACUUCACUUCGGUAUUUUUGAUAUGACUAUCCACGAACCAAAAGAUCAUGCCAGCUUGGAACAGUUGAACAUUUCCGAGACUUACAAUGCCCUGCGAAAGGAUAUUAGCAAGAUUGAUGGUCCAGAGGCCUUAGGAGAGGGGAAUGGUUGGGGCAAUGGACAAGCCACCUUUGGCCAUCUCAUGGGCGGCUACGAUGCUGGCUAUUACGGCUACCUUAGCUCUCAGGUAUAUUCGACCGACAUGUUCUACUCAGUCUUCAAGAAAGAUCCGAUGAAUCGCACUGAAGGUCGCCGAUACCGCCACACGGUUCUCGAGAAGGGUGGAAGCCAGGACGAAAUGAAGACUCUCAUUGACUUCCUCGGCAGAGAGCCCAAGACGGAUGCAUUCUACGAAGAAUUGGGCAUCACCAAAUAA